AUGGCGCCUGGUGGUGGACGAGAUUUUAACUGCACCUGGGAGCAUUGCAACAAGUCCUUCAAUCGCAAAUCAGAUCUGUGCAGGCACUAUCGGAUACACACCAAUGAGCGACCGUAUCAUUGCACGGUCAAGGACUGCAAUAAAAGCUUCAUUCAACGGAGUGCAUUGACAGUGCAUUCGCGAACGCAUACCGGAGAGAAGCCUCAUGUCUGUGAUCACAGAGGAUGCCACAAGGCCUUUUCUGACUCAUCGAGUCUCGCUCGUCACCGAAGGAUCCAUACUGGAAAGAGGCCCUAUAUCUGCCAAGAACCAACAUGCGAACGAGCCUUCUGCCGCAAAACGACCUUGACCAAGCACCAACACCGCUCUCACCCCCCGGGAUCCAUGACUCGCCUGCCCUCCGAAGAUGCGGUCUCUGAACACUCGUAUCAAGGGCCAGUCGCCGUUCCCGUGCCGAAUGAACAGUAUCUCUUAGCCCAGCAACCCUACUACCCUCAUACCCCGACGCCGACUCAUGAGUUUUACCCCCACCAGAGCCUACACAUAACGCCGGUGCCCAUACAAGAACAACCACCGAUCGUGACCCAGCACAUCCCUGUCACGUCACCGGUUGAUGUGCAGCGGGCUCAGCAACACUACAUGCAGCUUGUGCAGCAACAGCAACAGCAACAGCAGCGGUACGAUCCUGGUCGGCAGGGGUAUCUGCCACCGGAGUUUCAGCAACCAUACCAUGCUCUACCCACAGCGGAUGGUCCACCGCUGAUGGUGACUAGCACUCAGAGUAACUACAAACCGCCGGCCCGCAUCCUGAACCAGCCCGAGGGAACGGACUGGGGCUUCCUGGGGGUUGGCUAA